GUGAGAAGAGCAGGGAGACAAGUGACAGAAGAUAUGAAAGACGGGGAGAGAAUGAAAGGAAACUCAAAAGAAAAGACAAAAAAGGGGUUUGCUCGUUGGUGGACAGCCAACGCUGGGGCCUGUUUUCCUAAGCAAGAUCCCGAGCGUGUUGGCGGUCACAUGAUCUCAAGAGAUGACCUGGAAUAUCCACGAGAAUACCGGACGCUGGGGAACAAUGCUCGGCGCUUCUCCAAUGUUGGUCUGGUGCAUACGUCCGAGCACCGGCACACAGUCAGUGCGGCGCAAAGCCUGGAGGCCCUGACCAACCUGCACAAAGCUGACAUGGAACGCAAGAGGGACGCCUUCAUGGAUCACCUGAAGAGCAAGUACCAACAACAGCAGCAGCAGCAGCAGCAGCUUCAGCAUCCACACCACAGCCCUCACCACAACCCACCGUCGCCCUCACCCUCCCACGCCAGCAUGAGGGGUACAUCAGAGCGAUCUGCAAGAGAACAACAACAGCCCAACUACUGGAGCUUUAAGAGCCGCAGUCCACGCCACUCCCAGUCUACCCAGUCUGGUCUCGCCGACCAGGCUGCCAAGCUCUCUUUUGCCUCCGCUGAAUCCUUGGAGACUAUGUCAGAAGCCGACAUCCCCAUUGGGUUUAACCGGAUGAACCGAUUUCGCCAGAGUCUGCCGCUGUCCCGCUCAGCCAGCCAGAAUAAGCUACGAUCUCCAGGCGUGCUGUUUCUGCAAUAUGGAGACGAGACGCGUCGGGUGCACAUCACCCAUGAGCUCACCAGCCUGGAUACGCUGCAUGCUCUCAUCGUGCACAUGUUCCCUCAGAAGUUGACAGCAGGUAUGCUGAAGUCACCCAACACAGCCAUCCUGAUCAAGGACGAGGCCCGUAAUGUCUUCUACGAGCUGGAGGAUGUCAGAGACAUUCAGGAUCGCAGCAUCAUCAAGAUUUACCGCAAAGAACCCAUCUAUGCUUCUUAUCCCGCUGCCGCACACCUGGCCAACGGGGACUUGAGGAGGGAAAUGGUCUACUCUUCCCGCGACUCCUCCCCAACUCGCCGCCUAAAUACCCUUCCUUCCUCCACCGCCUCAGCAUCCUCUGGGUCUCCUUCUCGCUCACGCCUCUCCUACAGCGGGGGCCGUGCUCCAUCCUUCGGUGGAUCCCAUCCCCAACAUGAUCAGCCCCGACACCCACACCAUCCCUCAGCCGGCCAUGGUGCCAACGCAGGUCUGUCCCCUUCACCUAGUGCCAUCCUGGAGCGCCGCGAUGUCAAGCCUGAUGAAGAGGUUUCUGCUAAAAACAUGGCACUGAUGAAAAAUGAGGGGCUAUAUGCCGAUCCCUACAGCUUGAUGCACGAAGGCCGCCUCAGCAUCGCCUCCACCCAGUCAUUAGCUGCGAUCGGAGACCCCUUUAGCUUCCCUGUUUCCGCUGGCCUGUACCGACGUGGCUCUGUGCGCUCCCUCAGCACCUACUCAGCUGCUGCUCUCCAGGGAGAACUGGAAGACUCGCUCUACAAGCCUGGAGGUUCACUAUACUCAGACACAUACUCUUCUGCCACUCUGGGCAUGGGAUUUCGCAUGCCACCGUCAUCCCCACAGAAAAUCCCUGACAUGCAGCUGAGGGACAGGGACUCUUAUUCCAGCACACCCAGAGCCUCACCUGUCAGACAGAGUUUCCGCAAGGACUCUGCCUCUUCUUCUGUGUUUGUGGAGAGCCCGAAAUCCAGGCCCAGCUCCGGUUCUGAUCCUCUGUGUAUAACAGCUGGACCUGGAGAGGGCAGCCGCACCACAUCUGGUUUUGGGUCUUCGUUAUCUGGGCAAGAUUCUGACAGUAGCAGGGAUCAUCGCCUGGAGCGUAUGGAGGCCAUGGAGAAGCAGAUAGCCAGUCUGACUGGGCUCGUCCAGAGUGUGCUGACCAGAGCACCAGACAGUGACAGCACAUGUGGCCUGCUGCGUCUCUGCAUGAUGGCGGGCUGCCCUCCAGACCAAGGGACGGAGUUUUCACGGCCAUUACCUUUCUCUUCCAGCGAGAAGACCGAAACCAACAGUGAUGGCUCCGCCACUGGAACAAAUACACCGUCGGCACCUCUAGCUCUGAUGCCGCCGCCACCUUCUAACUCAAUCCAGGUGAACAGCGUUGGUCGCUUGCAGAUGCAGCUCCAUCUUCACGGUCUGCAGCAAAACGCCAGCGACCUGCGCAAACAGCUCAACCAGCUACGCAAGAUCCAGCUAGAGAACCAGGAUUCAGUGCGAACGCUGCUGAAGCGGACAGGGGCGGAGCUGAAUGUGCGCGUGACUGACGCCCUGAGGAAACAGGAGGAUCCUCUCCAGAGGCAGCGCCUCCUGGUGGAGGAAGAAAGACUCAAAUAUCUCAACGAGGAGGAGCUCAUCAUCCAGCAACUCCACGACCUGGAGAAGUCAGUGGAGGAGAUCCAGAAGGAGUCGUCUGUCAACCACAAGCUGGUGACAGUGCAGGAGCUGGAGGAGAAGGCCACUCUUCUGAGAAAGCUGGGAGAAACACUCACGGCAGCAGAGCGGGACUGGGAGGAGAAGCGGGCCAGUCUAACCCAGUACAGUGCUCAGGACAUCAACCGUUUGUUGGAAGAGACCCAGGCUGAACUAAUGAAGGCUAUUCCAGAUUUGGAUUUUGCUGCCAAGCAGAUUAAGCCCUCCUCCAACACACCAUCAACACAGACCCCCCAGAGUGGGGCAGCGACCCCAGACCACCGUGCCAACAAGCCCCAGCACAAGCUUUCUGGGAAAGAGGGAGGGUCCAGGCGUGGCUCUGAUGAGCUGACAGUACCUCGGUAUCGCACAGAGAAACCCUCCAAGUCCCCUCCACCUCCACCGCCUAGACGCAGUUUCCCCUCAUCUCCCGGUGUGACCACUCGCAGUGGGGAGCCACUAAUUCCUGGAAAAAGCAUAAAGAAGGCUGAAUCUGAAGAGACAGAGGGACAGAAACCUCACAUAAAACUGAGGAGGACCGUGUCCGAAAACCCUCGUCCUUCAUCAACACCUCCCACACUGGCUUCUGAAAACAAAGAGGAGAGAGAGGAGGAGAAAAUUGCUGCCGAAUUGGAGCUAUUUGAGAGAGCCCCACACAGGUUCUCUAUGCCAGCUCCCCGUUCCCUGCUAGUUAGCCCAUGCAGUAUGAAAAGUUUACACCCAUCCAGACUGGACCUGUGGCCCCCUGAGGCCCCAGGCUGUGAGGCAGGGCACUUGUCUCCUGUCCCCCACAUCGUGUUGACAGAUUGCUGUCCUGCUUCGCUCACAAACUCAGAGGAUCCUGUCAGAGAUUUAGGGAAUGACCUUGUGGAGGAGACUCAAUCACAAGAUUGGACUGGUCAUCAUUCAGUCGGCAAGGCUAUAAUUUCAAGGGGAAAGCAUUCAGGGGGAUUUGAAAGUCCUCCACAGCGAGAACAGUGUUCGGAUAGUGAAUUCGAACAGGAAGUUGCCCUGCUGGUGACAGAUCUGGACAUGAGAGUGGUGUCUCCUCUUGAAGCCCAAGAGCUCAGUGAGACUAAAGGAGAUGUUCUUCACACUCUAAUCAUCUCACCGCAGACUAAGGAACUGUCUGAAACUCAGCUGAGUCACCGGCCUCUGCUAGUGCUCUUCAGGGUACAAAAAACUGUCAAAGAGGCCUACGAACUGCUGUAUUCCCUUGUGGCGUCAUUCGAAUUAAAAUUCUCCCAUGCCCCAGACCAGCAGAUGUCUCUAGCUGAGGCUCUCAGAAGCGGCAUAGAGACAGGGGCUAGCAUGCUGACAUUUCACCACAAACCUGAAAUUAGGUUAAUGCCUGAGAUACAGCUGAGCUCAGUAAGCAGUACUCUUAACUCUUAUGGGUCAACUAGGUCUGCGGACACUCAGAGGAGAAUGACAGAAGAUGUCCGACGCACCACCUACAAGAGGCUGGACAGCUUGGAGGAGACUAUUCGAGAGCUGGAAAACACACUGAUAGAGAUCAGUGGUCAUGCUACUAGAGAGCAGCUCUACAGUCAGACAAUCAUCAACAGUAGCCCUGUACCGACGACUGGUAGGCCAACUGAGGCAAAGAAGCCACCACUCCCACCCAAGCCGUCCGCCUCGAGUCCAUCAUCAAUCCAGGGAGGAACUAUUUCAGGUAGCGGGAAGUUUCUCCACUCCUCGGCUGCCUCCAAACUGAAGCACCUGCAACAAAACAGCACAGAAAAGACUAAAAGUGGCAAAAGAGAGGACUUCAUGAAGGUCCAGGGCCAGCAACAGUUCCUCCUCUGCUCCCUCCUGUCUUCUGUGUCCCUAUUCUACCUGAAGGCGAAAGGGACCUACAGCACCAGUGGCAGCAUUGAGCCAUACCUCUCUGGUAUCAAAACGGGCAUUUUGUCAGGCCGAGUGGCCUCUCCUGCGGCAGCAUUUGUUCCUGGUCUGAGGAAGUACCCCCAGGAGGGGGCGAUGCCUGCACUUACAGCCUCCUCAAGCCAAGCAAAGGCCCUCUUGGCAAGCCUAUCUGCUUCCGGCCUGAGCGCUGAGGCCUUGCUCCUUUCCUCCGCCCUUCGUCAUCACCGCCUCCUACGUGAGCAGCGAGCCUCCUCCCUGCCCCUGCCCAGCAGCCAAUCCUCCUCCCCUACUCCAACUGCUACCUCCUCCUCCUCAUCCUCGCCAAGCACCCCGACUCCAUCCCUAUCUCCCUCCUCUCCCACCUUUGGUUCCUUUGCCUUCUCCUCUGGAGUUCUCAAGCCCAGCAGGCGUAGCCUCGACAGCUCCAGCCUCAACAGGUCCAAGGAUGGUGGCAACAAGCCUGUGAAAAAGGACCUUUACCCUGGCAACAAGUGAUGAAUAGGAGGAGGAUAAGGACUUAUAAGGAUACAGUUCUCAACCACAACCAUCACAUCAUGAACCAUAAAGAUGAACUAGCUGCAUUAUGGAACAAUAUUCUUUAUAUUCCAGUUCUUAUAAGAUUUUUUAAUUUUUCUUUUCUUGUUUUUUUUCUGCUUCCUUUUAUUGCACAGUCUACCACAGUGUAAAUGGAGUCACAGUUUUCUUCACGGACAAGUUUCCUACUCUGAUCCAGUACCUUAGAUCUACUGCAGUUCUCCCACAAAGUCAUUCUGUCACCUUCCCAGAUAGAAAGUGCACAAACAGGCCUCCCCUCCCACCAGCUACCUGCUAUAAGCUGAUGUGGUCUGGCUGUAUUUGCUGACAGCACCAUUCUCACAUACAUACUCUCAGUGGGUUGUUAGUGGCAUAGUUGAAAUAUCUAGACGGUGACUUUGAUCAUAUAGAAAAAAGCUGCAAUAAUCACCAAGUGAGUUCAGUAGUUGUGUGUGUUCAGGAUAGUAAUGUUUUGACUUACCUGCAUCACCUGACAGAAUGUGAUUCCACUCGGAAAACAAAAAAAAAAAAAAUUCAAAAAAUCAGAAGGUGGCCAAGGUGAUGAACGAGGUUUCAAGCUGUUUAGUGUUAAAAGGGCAUUUGUGGCUUUUUUAAAAUCGCCUGUUUUAAACUCUAAACUGGUGCUAUGUUUUCCCCUCUGUUUGUGCAAACUGAGCUUACACAAUUGUUCUCCCCCUCCUGUCUCGGAGUCGGCUUUAAUUUAAUUUUGCAUUUUAAUCUAUAUUUACAACCCUACAAGCGAAAUACUUGCAUCAGCAAUUAGGGACAUUUAAAGUAGAUGUCUAAUUGGAAAACUGGAAACUGCAGCGCAUUCACAAGAAUGCAGAGAAGGCAGCAGUCCUGAAAUAGCACAAGUCUUUUUAAAGAAACGACAAAGAGGCACGGUUUCGCAAACAGAAGGGAAAAGUGCAAACGAUGAAUUGUAUUCAAAUGUUGGUUUUCAUAUGUGUGUAUUAACUAGUUAAUUAUGACAAUCAGGAUGUUUCCACAGUAGCAUCUUCUAGGUUGCUCUGGAAUUACAGAGCCUGACAUCACAACCCAUCCCAAAGACUUAAGCACACACACUGAAGAACAACACACAAACACACAGUCUCUCUCACACACACACACACUUGAAAAAGCAACCUGUACAGCACAGACUCACUUAUUUUUUUCUUCAGCCAACCUCAUGUGAAUAAUCAUCGUAGGUCACAUCUGUUUCACCACUUAUAAAGAGCACUCUGGUAAAUUAUGCCAUAUUAAUCUGAUCUCACCAGAUCUACAGACUGAUAGGUUCUUUCUUUUGGGAUACUUGAGUUCAAAACUACUCACAUCAAAGUUUAGGCCUUAUUGUAAAAUAUAACACAUUCUGUAGACGAGCAGAUGACACAAAAAGCCUAAAAGUGAGUCUUACAAACCAAGAGCGACACGAGAGGAAAGUAUUGAAAUUUAAAGCAAGCACAGUUGACUCUCAAACACAAAAUCCCCAAUUAACGAGAAUUAACUUUGUAAUUCUUUUUAAUUAUGACAAGCACAAAGGUCGAAGCAUUCCCAUAUACAUUUGAUAUGCUACACAUUAGAUUCCAAGUAUCGCUCCAGUUAUAUUACCUGCAUUUUGAAUCAUGAAACUUUUAUGAAUGAAGGCCUUCAGUGUUUCUCAAUGAUAGAAACUCAAGUUGGGAUUAUUUUCAAGCACAUCAAAGGUGUGUCAGUGUGAACCCUGCACGAGGAACCUCUUUGGAAGCUGCCUGUCCUGCGUGUUUGCCUCGAGGCAGCCUGCUGGGGAGGUGAAGAAGCUGAAUGGACCGUAACCGACAAAGUGAUUCUUCUCAGUGGUUCUCCAGCACGACUGUGUGAAAUCGAUGCUUUGUGGCAUUGAGGUUUAAAACAUGCGAAAAGGGGCUCAUGUCAAAGAGUAGGCAGCUUUAGGAGAGGGGAUUAGUUUGGGGACAUGUGUUUGAAGGAUACUUUAAUAAGGCCGGCUUUGACUCGUCCUGUAUCCAUUGAGAGCGCUUGUGAAAUAAAAGACCCAAAGAGAUGAGAGGAAGGGUCUGACAGCCAGAGGGCACUUCUUUCCCUGCCCUCUUCACUUUGCAUUCUUUGGUGUGAAGGAGCUCUGAAAGUCAAAAGUGCUCAGCUGAUGUUAUCCAAGAACAAAGUUUGACGAGCCUCAAUUAUGAACGUGUGCAAUAUAUAAUUAGCGCUCUUGCGAUUUUACCAAGGCAGUGCUCUUUGCCUUUGACAUACUCCUGCCUGCUUAUCUACAAGGACCUGUAACCAUGUUUUUCCCAGUGCCUCUAAGACGUUGCUCCCGCCAGAACCCCCCCCCCAAAUGAUCUUGUAUUACAGUAGUAGAUCAGCAGCAAUGACAGAAUAACCCUUUUACCCAAAGAAGAAGCUGCGAGAACUGGUUUGUUCCCAUUUUUUGCAGAUAAAAGAAAACGGCACUUGAAAUGCAGUGUGUCAGGUUGCAGCAGUGGCAUUUGACUAAACACUCCCCAGCUCUAACAGCGUGCACAACCGCAAGCUCGCAGCACAGCGAAUUAAGUCUCACCCCUGGGUGCUCUGUAGCUCUGCCAGGCAGGUUCAAGCCCCGGGUUUCAUAUUGAGUGAAGUCAAAUGAAAGAAAUUCACUUACUCAUGCUGUUCCACACUCAAAUCCAUAACUCUCCAAGUUAAAUUUGCUGCAUUUGCGUCUGGUGAGCAAUGGGGAGGAAGCAUGCACGCUUGGCUGCUUUCCCCCCCAAGUAAAGUCUGAAAUGAAACCCUCCCAGAAUUGCGUGACAGUGCUCUCUGGACUUUUUUUUUUUUUUCAAGGCAAGUGUUAGCGGGCUGUGAUUUCAACAUGGCUGGAGGUUUAGAGGGCAUGUCGAAAAAAACUCACAGCGGAUGCCUCUGGCAAUCAGAAAAACUCAAACUUGAAAUGAAACAUAGAAGAAAUAUACAUAUAUAAAUAUAUCUAAGUGAGAUGUUUGUGUAUGAUAAUAUAAUUGUGAAGAAAAUGUGAUAUAUAUAUAUAUAUAUAUAUAUAAAUAUAUAUAUAUAGGCCUAGAUUAAAUUAUAUACUGUAAAAUGUCAUCAUAUCUUCUGUUUUAUAUAUUAGUGAUCAUUUUGUACAGAUUUUUCUUUUUUUAAUUCAUUGAGAGAUAUUGCAUUUCACACUGAGAUUAUUUAUUCAUAUGCAGAACAUUUUUAUAUUUGUUUAAAAUCUCUGUAUAGAUAAGAGUUAGCCUCUGUAAUAUACUCUGAAGUUAGUUCAUUUUUAAAUUCUAAAAUUUUCUUUACGAACACCAAGUUAGAUUUUAUGUAAUUUUAAUUUGUAAAGAAAAAACACACACACAAAAAAAAGCUUUUCCCUGAAAAUACUCGUCCACUCGUGUACACCUUUGCCUCUUUAUGUGAAAGGUCACUUUAAGAUAUAAGAGGCUGGACCAGUGCCUGUGUGUUGGGCUUAUUUUGCUACUGUUGUUUUAUUUUGGGAAGGGUACUUUUUUCUGUAACUGUGAUCAGUUUCUGUUUUAUUUUUAAUUUAGUUUUUUCGUUUCUCCCCAUUCUGUGUCGUGAUGAUUGACCUGGUAUAAAUGAUACUGGAGAUGGUCGGAAACAGAUGUUGUAACUGUGAGUUUGUGGGCCUGAAAGCGUCAUACAAGGCCUUGCUGCUUUGGAAAAAAAAGGAAUAUUACUUGGCUUUAAUUUAUCUCUGUGUCAUGCUUGGCUGUGAACAGGGAUGGCAGGAAUGUGGAUCCUCAGCGCAGACAGAUUCAGGCAGGUGGAAGCUCAUUUUUGUUGCUUAUAUUGCUCCACCUGUUCCUCUGAGUGGCUUUACAUAGCAGUUAUGCUAAACCAUAAAUGUAAAAAAAACAGAAAGUUGGAUUAAUAAGGAAAUUAUGUGGAGUUUUAUGACCUAUACCUUUUAUCUUUUCUUUUGCCAUUGUAUCUUUUUUUAAAAUAUAAUGAAUCUACAUUCUAUAGUAUGUAUAUGAGAUUUUUACAUGAAUGUGUGGAUGUUCCAAACUCUUGGCAUCAAAAGUAGAAAAACAAAAUUGACUUGUAAAUAGGCCAAGUCAUUCCUAGCGAGUUCAACAAAUUGUUAUGUCCAAAAGAAGAUGUUUAAAUAAUAAACUAUGACGAUGGGUACAAAGGUAUAUACAAAACAAUGCAUGUAUAGUCUCAAGCAAUCGCACGGUGAUUUAAAAAAAAAAAUGUUGUCUACAUGUUUUCUCAGAAAUGUGAGAAUAAAGCAGAGAAGGGUUCUAUGUUAUAGGUUUACAAACAUGAAGGACGAGACAUUAUUUUGGUAUGUGUGACACGGGCAUGUUCAGUCUUACUGUGACGUUAUGUGACAAUGAUGAUAGUGGCUGAGAGUGCGAAAAGGAGUCAGGAAUGCUUGAACGCACCCCAACCAGAGAAGUCACCAGUGAUGGUGUCCUCUUUCCACAGAGUAACUCUCCCAUUUGUAGAGUAGUGUGAUAUAAGAACAAAAAUAAUACAGAAAAAUAGAUCUAUGAUAUAAUGAUACAUAAAUUUAAAAGCCUACUGAUACUGGAGAUACUAAUUUAUCAGUGUGGAUGCCAUGAUAUUCUGUGAGAAAUGUGUGUGUUUUUCCUGUGAGAAGACAGCAGGCAGUUGAACCUGCCUUCUUUUGUACAUAAGUUGCUGUGAUUGUGUGUCAAAUAAAGUGCAGCUCUCUUGUA